AUGAUAGUGGAUAUAGCGCAGAUUCCAUCGAAUUCGUACCGCCAAUCUGGAGAAGAUAAUGAUCAAGAACCAAUCUCACCCACGAAACGUAUCGGGAGGCUGUUAUUGUACGAAGUUUUAGAACAUGGAAGCAAGAUUACGCUAUGCGAACGUCAAAGGAUUGAAACCGCAGCAAUAUUAGACAUGAAAUGGUCGCAUCAAAGAAUUCAAGAUAAAAUUGUCCUCGGAGUUGCUAAUGCCGCAGGCACUAUCGAUUUGUAUGCAAUAAAUGAAACGAGUACUUUACAAAAUGUGAUACGUUUUGAUAGACACAAGAGCGGCCAAUUAUAUCUAUCACUGGACUGGUCUAAUCGCAUAAAACCUGAUGAGACCCGUGUAGCUGUGUCUGACAGCGAAGGUCAGAUAUCAAUUUUGUCAAUUGAUUCAGAUCAAAGAAUUGAUUGUACGUUCAAGUGGACGGCACAUAAAUACAGUGCAUGGAUAGCAGCAUUUAAUUAUUGGAAUACAAACAUUGUUUACAGCGGUGGUGAUGAUUGUUUGAUGAAAGGGUGGGAUAUAAGGACAGAUCCGUCCGUUCCCGUGUUCUGCAACAAAAAGCACCAAGCAGGCGUUUGCAGUAUCCAAUCUAGUCCUCACGAUGAAAACUAUAUAGUCAGUGGGGGUUACGAUGAACAUAUUUACCUAUGGGACGUCAGAAUCAUGAGACAGCCUUUGCUUGAGCACCACCUUGGUGGAGGGAUAUGGAGACUGAAAUGGCAUCCUAAAUCUAAUAACGUAAUCGUAGCUGCAUGCAUGCAUAAUGGAUUUCACAUAGUCAAGAUAGAUGAAUCAGAUGAUCAGCAUAGAGCAUUUGUGGAUACUAGUUUUGUAGAACACAAGUCGUUGGCUUAUGGUGUAGAUUGGUCAUAUUCGCAAGAUCAGAAACAGCUAGUAGCCAGUUGCUCAUUCUAUGAUCACAUUAUACAUUUGUGGCAUUAUGAAAGUUGA